AAAAAAAAAAUAAAAAUCAAAGGACAACGUGUAAUUCUCGUACGUUCGUUUAUUUUUAUAUAAACGAAGGAUUUCAUCGUAAAGUGUUGAAAAAGGAAAAAAAAACAAAACCAACAAAAAAAAGAACUUCCUCAUUGACAAAGCGAACGACGUCAGAAUAAUUCUCGUUAUGGAUUCCAUCUCAAAGGGGGCACUAUGCAAACCGAGGAAGUCGUGCCACGUGCACAAUCAACUGGCAUAGACUUGGAUUUAACGGAUAACAGUUUGCAGAAUCAUCUGCAUCUGCAUCAUCAUCAUCAUCACUCAACGCAAAUCAAGUGCCCAUUGGCGCCUUUGGCACAAAUGGCGGUAAAGCAAGAACCCCAGGAGGAGGAGGAACGUAGUCGUGACACCAGUACACUUAGUCCUCAAACGGACACGAGUUCGGUGCAAGUGUCGUUGGAUGGUAAACAUGGAAACGAUCAACAAUCUGUUCACCAUCGUCAACUUCAAACGUUAGAAGAAACCCCUGGUCAAACUUGUGCCUCCGAUCAGAGUAAUAGGAGUAGGAGCAGUCGUGGCAGAAGGAAAUCGCGAUGGAAAUUAAAGUUUCAUCAUCAAGCAUUACCACCAGAAUAUUUGGACCAUUACGAGGCGUCACUCGCACAAGAGGCCUUAAAUUCAUCCUCACCUACUCAUACCAGCGAACAAACAGCACCGAGUCCAGCACCUACCAGUGCUACUUCAACGCCUAGUCCAAUUGCCGAUGUUCAGGGUUGGUUGCAACGCAUUGCUGCAAUGCAACAAGAACUAUGUCCCCAAACGAUGCCCCAACAAUGUACGAACUUUAAUUCCGGUCAAGCAUCGGCAUCCAGACGAUCGGUGAUAACAUCCACUUCGUCUCACGCCUACACUGUGCCUCCUCAUCAUCAUCACCAUCAUCAUAAUCAUAAUCAUAAUCACGGACAUGUUCAACAAUCCUCUCAGCAAACAUCUACCACGAGACCACCUAUGAAAUAUUCCGAUCUACCCUAUAUGGGUGAAAUAACGUUGGACAAUAGUAAACCUCGGAGAGGACGUAAACCCAAAAAGGCAGACAUUUGUCAUUUGAUUUACAAGAAUUAUGGGACCAUAUUACCUGGAACACCUGGUCACGAAGAAAAAAGAUUAUCUCCUCAAGAGAAACCUGAUUGUCGGGAUCAGUUACCACCUCAGAUACCCUUCCAACGUACUGACGUUCAGAAUAGGAUUAGUAGUCUUUUAGAAAAACGUCUUACCCAAGAGACUAGGCGGAAUUUCGUCUUGACAGAUACUACCAACGAACAAGACGAACCAUUGAAUCUCUGCAUCAGAGAUCUCAAUCAAUUGAAGAUCAGACUGCUUCGGAAACAUGGAAACGUUUAUGAGUCUGGACAAGUUAAAAGCGAGGCCUCGAGCGAUGGAGAAGACAUCGAGUGUUUGGGCACGACGUUUCCAAAUUCUGCUAAUCGAUUAACAGAUUCAACGAAUCACGUUAACAAUAAUAAUAACAACAACGUGAAUCAUGGAUCGGAUGGAUCUACGGAUCCAAUGGUUACACCAAAUCCAGGAUUCGUGUAUUUCCCGAACGCUGGUGUCUUCAUUCAUCCUAUGGCAUUACAAUCACAGUUACUGUAUUAUCAAAAAAUGGCACAGAAUGACAAGUGUUUCCCACGUGGCACGGAAUAUUCUCAAAAAGAACAGAAAAUAGUACCCAAAUCUAUCUAUUCGAUGAUGGACACAAAAAGUUCGAGUUCAGUGUCACCGACAACACCGACAACACCACAACCCUCAACAGUUCCAGUUCCAGCACCGUUAUCACCCAGACCUAAGAGAAAUGCACCAGUUGCUCAACACCAAGGCCAACCAACUAAACGAAAACGUUCGGCUAUUUUCAUUCCACCGAUGCCUUCGGAGAAUAAUAACAAUCCUGCUACCGAGGUGAGCAUAUGCAAGUUCAAAUUCACCGGUGGUGCCAAACCGAGUUUGCAAGAGAAGAAAAGUCUCUCAGUGGAUUCCGGUGGUAACUUCAGAUAUUACAGUGGAACAGGUGACAAAAGUAUGCGAGGUUACGAGUUUUUUCCAAGGGAAGCCCUUCAACAACAAGCCGGCCAAUCAGGAUCAUCCGCGGGUGCAUUUUUAAAUGCAUCUGGCGAGAGAGUCCAACCACCGGUAGUUUGUCAACGUUCAAACAGCCAAGAAGAUGGUCGGCGUAAACGAAAAACUAGGAAAUCACUUCAAAGGGAAAAACUCGAACAGACCUUUAAAGAAAAAGGUUUCCUCAUUCAAACCCAACAAUUGGAAUCCGCGGAGGGUGCUACGUAUUGUAAAUUUCGUCAAUUGAGAAAAUUCACGAGAUAUUUGUUCCGAAGUUGGAAGGAUUAUCUACCGGGUAAUGUGCGCGAGUUAUCCAAUAACGGGGAGGGUGAAAUAGUUGAGGGUGACGUGGAAAGUGAUGCAACUGGGAUCGUACCAUCACCCAUUUCUCAUCAAAAUCUCGAUGGGUCACCUACAUUCGUCGAAGAUCAUCGAACUCUUCCUCUCACGUGAACACUAUGAACAUCCAAAGUGUGCUUGUGCGUGUACGUGUACGUGUACGUAUGUGUGUGUGUGUGUUGUCCUUCGAAUUUUCUCGGCCACGAAAUGAUCAAGUUUAUUUUCUUUUAAACGAAAUUAUGUGGGAGUGUGUAUACUCGGGGCUAUGAAAAUAUGCACCAGUGAAAUUAUAUAAUACCGAUAAGUCAUAAAAACGUUCUAUCACUUUCUAUUUCUUUCUACCUUAUAAUCUGUUUAUCUGUCACUCUUUCUAUCUAUUAUCUUUUUCUUUUUCUUCAUUACUUUUCCAUUUACGCGCGCGCGCGCGUUGCAUUUGCUAAUGUCGCGCACUUAGAGACAAAUUUUGGAUAAAAAUAAUUUUACGAACCCAUCCAUCUAACGCUCGUUAUUAACGUGAGAAUUUUUAUUCGUUAACGCGUAGGAUAAUUAAUUGGUCGACAGGGUUGACGAGUGGGUGGGUGGGUGAGAAAAAUGAAAGGGUGAUUUUACAAAUUAGAUAAACGCCCCUUUUAUGAUCUGUGAUGCGUAAUUAAAAAAAAAAAAAAAAA